AUUUUCUUAGCAUGGUGGUAACGACUCGGUGAAAUAUUUGACCAAGGUGAUAUGGAUAGGUAUGAAAUUGUCCACAAACUUGGUGCUGGCGGGUGUGGUGCAGUGUACUUAGCCCGCAGUAAUGAGACCAAAAAGUACUGUGCUCUGAAAAAGGUGGAGUUAGAUGAAAAGAGGAAGACUAGGACUCGCGAAGCUGUGCAGAAAGAGGCCAGAAUUCUGGAAAAGUUGAAGCACCCUCACAUUGUCUCGUAUCAAGAAUCAUUUUUUGAUGACGACGAGCAAUUCUUAUACAUAGUACAAGACUUUUGUGAUGGAGGUAACCUUGACGAAAAGAUAAAGGAGGCAGCAAAUAAAAAUAAGCAUUUUGAAGAAAAACAGAUCAUGAGUUGGUUUGUGCAGAUUCUGAUGGCCGUCCAAUACAUUCAUUCCAACAAAAUUCUUCACAGAGAUCUGAAGACAGAAAAUGUGUUCCUUACAAAGAAAAAUGUAGUAAAACUUGGUGACUUCGGUAUAUCAAAGGUCCUGGACAGUACAAUAGAUGUGGCCAAGACUGUGGUAGGGACACCAUCUUAUCUCAGCCCAGAACUAUGUCAGGAUAUCCCCUACAGCUCCAAGUCUGAUAUCUGGGCUGUGGGUUGUGUUCUAUAUGAGCUGUGCACAUUACAUCCCCCAUUUGAUGCUCAGAAUCUCGUCAGUUUGUUGUUCAAAAUUAUCAAAGCUGAAUAUCAGCCCAUUCCGUCGCAGUAUUCUAAACCUUUACAUGACCUUGUCACGACCAUCCUACAAAAGAUGCCUGAGGACAGACCAAGUGCUAGUGCUAUUCUCAACUUACCCUAUGUGAAGCAACAUUUGGCCGACUUCAUUCAGGAGAAGGAAAGCUUACUACAGUUAAAAGCCAACAAAGAAAACUCUAGAUCCUCUCCCUAUCUCAAUGUUACAGACCAUUCCAAAAGCAAAGGAAACAGUGCAAACAGUUCUGUAUCAACCAGCCCAGCGAUACAUAGACGACAGAAUUCUCCAGAGAAAACCGUCAAACUGCCGCAACAGAAGGACAGUGGACUAGUCAUGAAUGAUUCCAAUGGCGAGGGAAAGGCAGAGUAUUCUGAUGACUUUGAUUCCUCAGAAGAAGAAGAAGAGAUCCCAGACAACUGUGAGAAGGCAGCUGACAGUUCAGAUGCAGAAUAUGAUGAUGACUUUGAGGAAUAUGACUCCAGUGAGAAUUUGGAUGACAUUGUCAAUCAGGCCCGGGAAGCCCAGGAGUUAGAAGAUGUGGAUGAUUUCUUUGCUGAUGACAAGAUGCUGGAGCAACAGUUCAGACAAACUGCCAUAUUUAAUAGACAAUGUUUGGAAAACCUUGGGGCUAAGAACUUCGAAGAAGUUGACAAGAUGAUACAGAAUGGAAUCAUAACAGAGGAUGAUCUCAAACAAAUAUUGUAUGAAGACUCAGAUUUCCCAGCACACGACAGAUCCCUCUUCUACAGCCACAGGCCAAACAUAGGAUCCAUAGUAUGGAAAAGACCACAUGAAAUUGUCGCUAAUCCUAAAUUUACAGUUCACGGAUUCAGUCGAUUUGACUUGCUGCAAGGAAAGCUAGGCAACUGUUGGCUGGUAGCAGCCUUCACGUGCCUCAGUUUGGCACCACAGUUGGUGAAGAGGUGUAUCCCCGAAAACCAAGGAUUUGGAAAAAACUACGCUGGCGUGUUCCACUUCCGGUUCUGGCGAUAUGGAGAAUGGAUUGAUGUUGUUAUUGACGACCGUCUACCAACCAUCAAUGGAGAGUUGAUCUACCUAAGGAGUUCAGAUGCACAAGAAUUCUGGCCCGCACUGUUUGAAAAGGCUUAUGCAAAAUGUUACGGAUCAUACGAGAACAUAAGCGGUGGUCUGACGAACUGGGCGCUACAGGACCUGACGGGUGGGGUGACAGAAACGCAUCAAGUGUAUGAGAGCCCGCGCCUGAUACAGAGGAUAUUGGACGUAUCCAUGACAAACGCCUCCCUCAUUGGCACAUCUAUCUCUACAAAUAUGACACAGGGUCAGAGAAAACGGUUAUCGAACGGUCUCGUGACAGGCCACGCCUACAGCGUCACGGGUUAUGCCCAGAUUCCCGUGAAGAAUGGGACGAUAAUUCUGAUUCGACUAAGGAACCCGUGGGGACAUUUUGAGUGGAACGGUGCUUGGAGCGACGGAUCACCUCAUUGGGGAGCUUUAACUGAGGAUAUUUGUCGAAGAUUGAGACCAACGAAUUCAGAAGAUGGAGAAUUUUGGAUGUCGUUCGUUGACUUUUCUAACAUUUUCACCAUGUUAGAAGUGUGCCACCUGAGUCCGGAGUGUUGGAGGUGCGAGCCCUCCAUCCAACACAGAAAAUCGUGGGCAGCAGCUGUGGGUCACCGGGAGUGGCGGCGGGGGUACAACGCGGGAGGGGCAGCCUCUUCACCCCUGUUGUGGCACAACAAUCAAUUUUACCUGGAGGUGUCGUCUGCUUGUUGCGUUGUCAUCUCUCUGAUGCAGAAGUACAGACUGUGUGGUGAUGACAGACGGUUUCUAUCCUGUGGAUGUCUUAUCUAUCAGGUACCUAAGGGUCAAUCAUCCAGACUGACGGCGAAAUUUUUUAGUAAUAAAGGACUGUACGCCACGACGGGGUUCAAAACAGAGAGAGAAAACGUUGGGUUUUUCAGAUUUCCCGCCGGAUGUUACGUCAUCCUUCCUGUCACUAGCUAUCCAAAUGUGGAAGGGAAAUAUCUCAUCAGGAUUUUUGCAUCUGAAAAAUGUAAAAUGCGUGAACUGGAUGAUGAAGACACCAUGUUAUAUAUCCAGCCAGAAGAAGCAUUUGUGGACCUGGACGCGAGAUACACACUUCACAAACGUUUCUGUGCCCUAACUAAACAGACGAAUAGACUGGACGCCGUAGGACUACAGAAACUGCUGCAGUCGAGCAUGCGCUCUCAGUCUUACUCAUGCUGCUUCCAUCAGGCCAAUAACUUCCAAUUCAGACCUUUGAGACUGACCCUAGAAGCCUGCAAAGCAGCCAUAUCCAUAUCUAACACGGAUCUCAGUGGCAGACUGAACUACGAUGAAUUCAGCAACCUGAUGGCCAGAAUCAUGAUGUGGCAGGGCGUGUUUCGUCAGUUCAGUGAUGGAAACUCGGAAAUGGAUACGUAUUGUCUGAGAAAUGCUUUGAAAGUUUUGGGUAUCACAGGAAGCAAUAAGACGAUCGAAGCAUUGGUCAUACGAUUCUCAUUAGUGGAAACCAUAUCAAUGGAGAACUUUGUUAACUGUGUAAUUAAACUCGUGACAAGUCACCAGUUGUACAAGCGUCGACUCAAAGACAAAGCUGCUGGCGAAUCGCUCUCCGUGCAGGAGACCGCCAAUAGCUACCAGAAUAUAGGCCCCGGUGUAGAUGAAGCCCAAGCUGUCGUCUGCAUCGGAGUACUUGGUGAAGUCAUCACUGACCAACAGCCAGAUGCCUACGCCGAGCAUAGCACAUCCUAGAAGC